UGAAACUUUCAUUCGUACCAUUGGUGGUGCUGACCGGUACAACUAGCAAACUUCGCAUUCCGGCACCAGACUUUUUCACGCUGUAAAAGCUGUGAUAGGUUUACUAGACACACCAUUUGCGACUAAUUGUCAGCACGUACGCGAUAAGGUUUUUACGCGAUAACUCACCACGACGCUGCUAGAAAACAAUUGAUGGCGCGACAUUUUUCAUAUUUCUGCCGUUAUUUUGACGUUGGUUUUGGUACAUAGCAGGCAAAAUAUGAAAAAAUCCAUCACAAUGAGCAAAACCCUGACGACAAGCUCAAGCACCUCCCCAGAGAUCCCCCUCCGGAUCGCUCCUGGCCGCCGCAUGUCCGUUCCAUCGUUCCAGCUGGUGGCACAGCUGGCCUGCGUACUAGCAGGAGCCAGCUCAAUAUGGAUUGUUCCGGUGCAGGCACGGAGACGCGACAUUCUCGGUUCCAGCGGCUCGCCUGCGUCGGCGACUCUCACGGCUGCAGGCGGACAGGUAGGAGGCAAAAAUCCAGUCGAGGCAGUACCAGAAAAUGUUCCGACGUCAACAUCAGAUGCAAAAAAGGAACCUCUCGCAUCAACUUCUGCAUCCGAUUCCGGCGGGCUAGUAACGGGUAGCGUGGAAGUGAAGGUGGUCGCGGAAAACGAAGACACGAAGAAGAUCGAGGGCCUGCUCAAGCCGCGCUUGGGAAUGUGCGCCUCCCUGCUGCCGCCCGAGCUCCCGGCACUAGCGCUCUACACGACCAGCGCGAGCGCAACAUCCGGGAAUAGUAAAACCAAGAAAGUGCUGGAGAAACACAAAAGCGAUAAACUCGCGUUUCCCGACACCUCGGACUUCUUGACCGAAAUCAAACUGCUGCCCUUUUUCAACGACGAGUACGUUAAAGCGAACAUGGACAGCACCAGUAGCGGGUCUACUGCUGACGCACGAUCUUUCGGUCGUUUUUCCCCAGGAGCCCCGCAGCCACUUCCGCCCGGAGGUGAAAACGCCGCAGCAACUUCUACCCCUUUGCGGCAGUCGCUGGCGCGCAACAUCGACUUCAAGGAGGUGCACACGAUUACGCACGCGGCCCAGACGCUGACGGGGCAGGUGAGCGCGUCGGUCGGCAUCUAUCCUGAGUAAAAGCGUACCCACACCAGAGUCAGGAUGAGGAUUUUGCAACACAAACCCAGGAGUUUUGUGAGUCACGCAUGACAAGUUGCACUAUGCAGUGUAGUGCAGGUUAGCAAGUGCAGCCGCAUUACAGAUUCAUCUGCUCAUCCUGUUCACAGCAUAACAAAUUCCAAGACACGACUGGAAAUGGCUCUCAUGGGGAAGCGCAUUACAAGUCUUCCUGUCUUUGCAAAUCUGCAUUACAACUCUGGUGUGGGUACGUUUUUACUCAGGAUAGCAUCUCGUGGCUGUUCAAGGUGACGGCCAAGGUCAGUUUCGAGCGCAAAACGCAAAUAUCAACUGUGAAAAUGUCUGGGUCUGGAAGAAUUCGAAUUUGUGAUGCGAAGUCUACAUCAUGAGAAAAUCUGUCAUGCAUGGCUAGCAAAAGGCCCCACUUCUUGUUUCCGAGAGCCGGGAUGUGUCAUGCGGAUUAGGCAUUGGGAUAUCUGCUUAAAAUCUGUGAUGCUAGAGCUUGCAUUCCAGACGAUUUGGGUCAUGCAAAAUCUGCAUGACAGGUCUCGCAUUCUUCCAGACCCAGACAUUUUUGCAGUUGAUAGCAAACCGACACCGACAAAACGGUGGCGGCGGUCACCUGGGAAAACGUGAACAGCGCGGACUUCUUCGCCGCCAACAACAACUGGGGAAGGCGGGACACGGUCCUCGCCGACGACAAAAAUGGAGCUGUCUCGGUCACCUUCGACGGCAUUCCUGUUGGUGGUGGAAAAAAUGUUCAGGAUAAAGUAACAAAACCUCUCCUGUCCGACCUGACCCGGGCGGAGAUCAAGCGGUGCACACACUACAUCUCGCAGGUAACCUACGGAAGUUCCUUCAAGGGCGCGGUAUGUGCGGAAAUCAAGAAUUCCAGCAGUUCCGAGUCGGAGAAGGCGUCGAUCACGCAAAAGGUGCUGGGUAUCGGCGGGCAGCACACCCUGAAGGACGAGACGAAAACGAAGAGCACUCACGUGUCCAACUACAGCGCCAACUUCGUGGUGCAGGGGAAGGUGCUGCCCUACACGUUCGUGGACCCGGCCACCGGCCAGGAGGUGACGAAGACGCCCGAGCCGGUGAAGGAGGGCGAGGACCUGACCAGCGUCACGGUGACCAGCAAAACGGAAAACACCCGGAAGGACGACGAGUUCCACGGGCACGAGGAGAGCCGAAGUUCCUCGUCGCAGGCGACGACCGGGAAAACGACCGCGGCCGUGCCGGAAAUCGCGCGGGGCGCGCACCUGUACCAAUUCCACUCGGCGGCAGAGACUAACGCGUUUCUGGACGCCUUCCAGGACGGCGCGGAGUUGAACGGCAGCGAGACCGGAGACGUGAUCGGCUACACGCUCACCCCGCUGCGGCUCGCACGGGCCCCCGCGGACGCGGAGGAGGAGAGCGACGACGAUUUUGUGGAGGUGUCCGCACUCACCACGGGGCUGGAGUGGGUGCGGCAGCUCACGGUCUCCGAGUAUCUCUCGAUAGUAACCUUGAAGAAGUGGCUGCUGCAAAUCCAAAAGUGGAACCGCGACCAGCCCACGGCCUACUUUCCUUCGGCCGCGUCGGGCGCGGUGUACUACCACGAAGACGGAAAGACGCCACUGACCGUGGCCGAGGUGCAGCAGAAGGUGGACGCGGUGCUGGAGAAGAUGCUGCAGGCCUGCGUGGACCGCGUGAAGGAGCUGCUGCUCCACGUCUACACCUCCGACCCAACGCAGGUCGCGAAUAGCCAGAAGUACUACGCCGAACAUCUCGCGAAGACAAAACGGUUCUUCCAGGCAAGCAAUUCUGCGUGGGCAGGAAUUGUUGUACAAAUUCAAGAUAAAGAAAACAAGGCCCCCGGGGGUAAGAACAAAGUAGUGGACGAAAAGAUUGGGCAGCAGCUGCUUGAGCUCCUGGGCAACGCGGACAGCUUGGUCUCCGAGCCGGAGCUGGCGCUGGCCAUUUUGGACGUGCGGCGCCGAACUUUGGACCACCUGAAGUCGCUGCGGGACGCGAUGCUGCCCCACAGCCAGAUUAACGACUUGGUGGGGCACCUGCCCCGCGUGGACCAGAAAAACGUCUCGCACGACGUGCUCACCGGCGAGCAGUUUCAUGGCGUGACCUACCACGACACGCGCGCGGCCGGACAGGCGUUAGUGGACUACCUGGAGGCGGUGCUGAACGAUGUGGAGGAACGAUUCGACGCGGAGAAGGCGAGCCGCGCCUCCAUGGAGCGGCGGCUGCUGGCGUUGUCGCGCAGCGUGCUGGUCGUCCCCCGAGAGGACUCGCUCACCUUCUACCAAAAUCCGAAAACCAACAAAAAAACGAUCGUGUGGGACGACGACAUCGAGGCGUACCUGGCCGACAGCAACCAAAUUAACAAAACCGAGUACGAAAAGGUGUGCAAACGGGAAGAGAAAACCUUCAGCGAAGCGGAGUGCGAGAAGUUGACCGCGCCGCAGAGACAAAAGUUCACCAACAGCAACCACAAAUUCAACCAGGUGUGCCUGCAGAUCGCGUACUACAAGGGCUGCGAGUCCGUCUUCCAAACCUGGGCGGAGCAGAACCAGGAGCUCAGCCACGGCAACUGGGAGAGCGCUUUAUUCCCUGUCACCGUGCAGCAAGCCGUGACCCGGGUCUUGGCACUGGUGCGGGGGCAAGUGCUCCCGCAGUCAAGUGCAAAAGCCCUGGACGAAGCAGAAAGGGGAAACAAGGACGAACUGUGAGGACGUUGUUGUUUUGUCGUCCCUAUGGGGCGGGGGACGCGUUGUCCUCCUUAAUGAGUUUAUUUUUUCAGUUCACUAACAUUAGUAGCAUUUGUUCCAUUAUUUUGGUCGUCAUUCAUAUAUUUCUGUUUAUUUUGGUUCUUUCAUUCUCAUAAAAGUAGUACCUCUGUCAUCAAUUUCUCCUCAACAUGUUUUGCGAAGGAAAGUCUCCCCAAUACCCCCAGUAGCGAAGUUUUCGUAGCUCUGCCCGCCUGUUGAAAUUACAAACCCAGUAGUGUGCAAUCCUGAGCAAAAAUCAGCGUCUAACUCCGCUAACAGGAUUGAAUCCGCCACAUAGUGUACGAUUUUUCAUUCAACGUAGGAACAAAAAAAAGUCAGACUAAGACGAGACGGAACACAUGAUGUGCAGGAGAGGCUGCACGUGACAAGGACUGGUGAGGUGCUCGUCCCGAUGGCGCAAUGUCCUCGGAAUGAGCGCAAUUUGAAAGACCAAGACACUUGAUCGGGCAGAGAGAGCCAUCAAGGUGGAUUCGUUUUUU